UUUCUUCUCUUUUCCUUCAGGUCUAAACUUCAGCAUGCUUGAAUACAUCCAGCAUCUCAAGGCAAUGCUGUCUAUGGACAAUGGAGAUUUGAAACCUUCUACUUUUGAGCCUCUUGCUCACUAUGUACUUGUUGUUUUGGGUAGCAACUGGCUCCACUAUGUUCGCCAUGACAUCACAUCUUUUCUUGAAUAUUGUGUACCAACAUCUCACUUUGAUACUGAAAGUACUGGAACCAUAAGCCACAAUGUGAAGCAGGAGACAGAUGAGAGGAUAAAGAAGGAGAGACAACAUCUCUGGCUUCAUGACCCACAAGGCAGAGGGAGGCAUAAGAAAAAGGGCAGAAAGAAGGGGGCUCCCAAAUCUUACGAUAUUGGCCAGGGAACUGAAGGAAAAUCUCCAACUCCUCAGGAUGCCCCCACUCCUCAAAAUGAACCAGACUUGCUUAGCAACACAGUAGUUCUGAAAGUAUUUAGAAAAGCAGCUCAUAAAAUGCAAGAUGUGGAACUGGAAAGAAUUCUGAGACUGCUUCAGGAAAUGGAGGCCUGCCAAGAAGCUGCAGAGAGAGAAAAGCGUAUGGAUUGUGUAAAGAAAUUUCUAGAUAUCUGUGACAAGCCAGGGAAUGGGAGAUUAAAUGUCCACCUCCCCAAGGAGCUGAAACGAAGGUUAAAAGAAGAGCUGGACCAGGGAGAAAUAAGUGAUUUCAGCUGGAAUGAAAUCCGACUAUUCUUGCAUUCUAUUGUGGCCCCUGGUUUUGAGCAGUUUUGGGAUGAGGUGAGUAAAUGGUUGAAGAAGCAUGGGCUGCAGGAGGCCUCCCAAAUCCCAGAGGAACAUUGGCGCAAGCUGGAACCGUUGCUACAAUCAAUAGCCGCCAGAGUGGCUCUUGAGCAUUUAAGGAGCCAGAAAGGCCAGUCUGGCUCUGCAGCAGCCACAGCUCAUCCCACCAGGGAAGACAGGGCCUCUUUUUGUCAGUCUGUAAAGAAGGCUGCCGAGGGUUGGCCCACCAUCGAGAUCCUCCAUUUCCUUAAACACCUGCAGCUGCAUGGUCCUCCUGUGCUGGAGAGUGGCUUGCAUUUUCUGCUGGAGGUGCAGAAAUUCAAGAAUGCCCAUCACGCCUGGCCUGACAUGGCUCUUCUGAAGAAAAAGGUCCAAGUGAUCCGGGAAUGUUUCCUCACCUCUCAGAUUGAGCCCCAGCUUCAGGUGGCAGUGGAUACUAAGAGGCUGGGCAGGGCCAUCCGGGCAGCUGAGCGAGCCCUCCAGAAGGACAACCCAUUUCCCCCUCCAGGCUUGUUUGAUGAGCUGAAGGAUUCAGUCUUCAGCAUCCUGCUGCCGUACUGGGCUGCCUUCCAAAAGCAAUGGCUCAAGCGAUCUCCUACGAGUGCCCAGAAAGCCCCAGUGCUGAGGCAUCAGCUGCUUCUGCAGAAGAGGAAAGCCAUGUUUGAAGCGCCUCAAAAAUCUCUACAGUCUCUCCGGCUUCCACCACUCCAGCAGCCAAAGAGAGGCCAGGGGAGCAGUUGUCAGGAUGGAUUUACUUAUGCCUUCUCCCUCAGUAAAGGUCUCACACUGCAGUACUCAAGACGAGAAAGCACAACUUUGAGCAAAACCAGCUCCUAUGUGUUUGGAAACAGGAAGAAGUCAACUGGAUUUCAAUAUCCUUCAUUUUGUAAUGUACCAGUGCUAAUUUGAGUUGGAGAGAGAAGGAAGAAUUCAAGACUUGGAAGUACAGUCUUAUUGGGUGGCAAAAUUGGAGUCUGCAAACUGGUUUAUCAUUAUGUUUUAGGAAAACACAAGCUUGGCUGAACAGAGGGACAAACAAGAGUAAAUUAAUAGCUGAAAGAUGAUUCAGCUAAGAACGUGUGUGGAUGCACAUGCAUACACAGAGUUUAUGUAUCACUGCUUUUGGCUACGAUAGAAGAGCACAGAGCGUUGGAUAGAAAUGAUGAAAACGUUUUGAUUGCCAAAGCUAUCCCCUGAUGAUAUUUUGGCAUAACACUCUGCUUUGGUUCCUGUGAUGCAUAGCAUAUUUCUGAUGCACUUUUCUGUUGGUAUAGGAUUAAUGUUAGGAAAUACUGAAUUUCAAUGAACAGCUUUGUUUCUCCAGAGAAGGGUUUUGGCCCCUUCUGCUAUUUUCUACGCUAAACUAUUGGUUAUUUGAUAAUGUUCAGUUUCCAAGUCCUUGCAAAAGUCAUCUAUUUAAAUAGUUGGAAGCUGCCACCAAAUAGAAAAUGCUUAAUUCUGCAAGGAAAGUUCAUAAAACACAGAGCAGAUGCAGCCACAUGGCAAUUGACAGAGGAAUAGACAAACGUCUAACCACCCUUUGAACCCACACAAUGUUAUCCUUCUGGUCAGUAUCUUUUCUUUGGGAUCUAGCAGUGAAGGCAAAUUGCUCCUGCCCUAACAAGCACUGGAUGGGGGUGAAACAAAAGGUGUUACCUUAAAAAUGGUAUUGAUGAGAAAGCAUUCCUGACUUGUGGCAAUGUAAGCAGGAACUAGUUAUGAUACAUGUUGAAGUGAACCAAUGACAGAUGCUUUCAUCAGCCAUACUAGUAAGAUCUUGUUACAUAAUCAUUUGCAGAAAGAUUGAGAGUGCUGGUUAACAUUCACAACUAACUCGCAUCUUUGUUUUAACAUAUAUCUAAGAAACCUAUAUUUUAGCUGCCUCUUAUACCUCCUAGAAGAUACAAAAUCGUAAAGCUAUUUUAUAGCUGUAGCAUCUACCACAAUUAACUAAGUUAUACAGAUCAUAAUUCUUUAACACUGCAACUACUUCUGUGUCACAUUUAAUAUUUUAUUCCUGCUACUGAGCUAAAACAUAGAUAAAAGGGAAAAACCCUAAAUGUCUGUGACAGGAACACACUAAUAAUUCUAUACUUCUGCUGAUACUUCUGUCACAGGGAUGCAUUUCCAUAAAUCGUGGGAGCAAGAUGUUUAGGCUGUCUGCUUCUCAGUGUUCUAGGAAUACAGAUAGUAAGUCUCUUACUGUGUCACUGAGUAUGGCAGUGUUAGCGGGUGCCAUCUCAAUACAUCAGAAGGGCACCAUGCAGGGAAUCUAUUCAAAAGGCAAUGCCAAUAUCUUGAUUAGGAAAAAAAUGCAAAAACAAUGAGCAACCUUCAUUUUUUCUUCAAGCUAGAUGUUAAGAAAAGCAAAUGCAAAGCAAGUUUGAAGACAAGAAGAGAAUUUUUUUUUAUUAAGAUGUUGACUGAAGAGAGGGAGAAAUCAAGACUUUGUAGUAGUAAUAGGAGGAGGUGAUAUUCCAAAUGAGCACAUGUUAUGAUCCACAUGAUCCUAUGAGAGCAUAAGGACCUUGAGUCCAUUCAUAUAAAACAAUUACAGUGCUAUUAUUCCACUUUGUCACAAUUCCAUCCUAUGGAAUCUUGAGGUUGUAGUGAGACAUGGGAGUGACCUGGCGGAGAAUUUGAAAUCCGACUCUAGUUCAUAAUGCUAUAAUUAUGCAUUGAUAUUUUAGUUCCUCCCCCUUCCAUGGAUCAGGACUGCUAUCUGCAAUCUCUGCUUCAAUCUGAACAGCCAACUACACUAUGGCAGUGGUAAGAAGCUGCUAAAAAGGGUCUGGGAAUUGUCCUCUACCGUCAUUAAAGGGCCAUAGUGGCCUGCUUUUUAAAAUUGGAGUUGAUCUGGAGUUGAACCUAUGCAUUUGUACAUCUGCUUCUGAAAUAACUUUCUUCUUCUUCUUCAAUCACACAGUCGUUUAAGACUCUUCGUGACCUCAUGGACCAGUCCACGCCAGAGCUCCCUGUCGGCCGUCGCCACCCCCAGUUCCCUCAAGGUCAAGCCAGUCACUUCAAGGAUACCAUCCAUACAUCUUGGGGAACAUGGAAGGAGAAAGCUUUUCCAAGCUUUCCUGUCUCCUCACGAUGUGGCCAAAAUACUUCAACUUUGCCUCUAAUAUCCUUCCCUCCAGUGAGCAGCCGGGCAUUAUGUCCUGGAGUAUGGACUGGUUGGAUCUUCCUGUGGUCCAAGGCACUCUCAGGAUUUUCCUCCAGCACCCAAGUUCAAAAGCAUCUAUCUUUCUUCGCUCAGCCUUCCUUAUGGUCCAGCUCUCGCAUCCAUAGGUUACUAUGGGGAAUGCCAUUGCUUUGACUAUGCGGACCUUCGUUGCCAGUAUGAUGUCUCUGCUCUUCACUAUUUUGUCAAGGUUAGCAAAUACUCUCCUCCCAAGAAGUAGACGUCUUCUGAUUUCCUGGCUGCAGUUUGCAUCUGCAGUGAUCUUCACACCUAGAAAUAUAAAGUCUGUCACUGCCUCGUUUUCUCCCUCUAUUUGCCAGUUAUCAAUAGUUGUGGUUGCCAUAAUCUUGGUUUUCUUGAUGUUUAACUGCAGGCCGGCUUCUGCACUUUCUUCUUUCACCUUGGUGAUAGGGCUCCUCCUUACUUUCAGCCAUCAGAGUGGUAUCAUCUGCAUACCUAAGGUUGUUAAUAUUUCUUCCAGCAAUUUUAACUCCGGCAUUGGAUUCAUCAAGCCCCACACGUUGCAUGAUGUGUUCUGUGUAAAAGUUGAAUAGGUAGGGUGAAAGUAUACAGCCCAGCCAUACUCCUUUCCUAAUCUUGAACCAGUCUGUUCUUACUGUGGCUACUUGGCCUUUAUACAGAUUUCUCAGGAGACAGACAAGGUGACUUGGUAUCCCCAUACCACCAAGAACAUGCCACAGUUUAUUAUGGUCCACACAGUCAAAGGCUUUAGAAUAGUCAAUAAAGCAGAAAUAGAUGUUUUUCUGAAACUCCCUGGCUUCCUCCAUUAUCCAGCGGAUAUUGGCAAUUUGGUCUCUUGUUCCUCUGCCUUUUCUAAACCCAGUUUGGACAUCUGGCAACUCUUGUUCCAUGUAUUGCUGGAGUCUGCCUUGUAGGAUCUUGAGCAUUACCUUACUGGCAUGGGAAAUAAGUGCCACUGUACGGAAGUUUGAGCAUUCUUUAGCGUUUCCCUUUUUUGGUAUGGGGAUAUAAAUUGAUUUUUUCUAAUCUGAUGGCCAUUCUUGGGUUUUCCAUAAUUGCUAGCAUAUGGCAUACAUCAGCUUGACAGCAUCAUCUUUCAAGAUUUUAAACAGCUCAGCUGGGAUCCUGUCAUCUCCUGCUGCCUUGUUAUUAGCAAUGCUUCUUAAGGCCCAUUCAACCUCACUCCUCAGGAUGUCCGGUUCUAAUUCACUCACCACACCGUCAAAGCUAUCCUCUAAAUUAUUAUCCUUCCUAUACAGAUCUUCUGCAUGUUCUCGCCACCUUUUCUUGAUCUCUUCAGCUUCUGUUAGGUCCUUGCCAUCUUUGUUUUUGAUCAUGCCCAUUUUUGCCUGAAAUUUACCUCCGAUGUUUCUGAUUUUCUGGAAGAGGUCUCUUGUCCUUCCUAUUCUAUUGUCUUCUUCCACUUCCAUGCAUUGCUUUCCAGGCUUGCUCAAAAAAUUUGAUUUCCCCAUUUAUUGUUAGUAAUUCGUUUGUUUUGUCGCUUUUGAAGCGAUAUUCGAAUCGCAUUAUCCCGUCGUGUGGGUCCUGCGGUUUCGAACCGCGAUAGGCAAUUUUUCUGAUGUCGUCGUUUUUUUUCGUUAGGUAAGCAAGCAUUUGCAAAUCACUCAAACUUGUUUCAGUGCACUGGGGCAACCUAGCAUGUCUUUUCCACCUUGUGGCCAAUCGGAGAGCACGUUUAACUCAGGGGAGGGGCUUGUAUGUCCUGAAUGAAAACUGCAGGGAGCCUCAUGGCUCAUUCGGCCCGGGGAUCUGGAGAGAGAGGGUUUCUUUCUCACUAGCUCAUCCCUCAGUACCAGCAGAACUACUUGUAAUGAGUACAGAGCAAGUAACAUGAAUACAACACUGGAGAUAAUUUCAAGAGCCACAGGUAAAAAAUCACUUCUGUAGCCCUUUUAUUUUCUUGCACUGCACAAAUGGCUGGCUCUCUUAAGAUUAUCAACGCUUGCAAAGUCUAGCAAACGGUGCAAUUCCCAUAAUCCACACAAAUAGAACUUGGGCAAAAGGGAGGCUGUAUUUUUCCCUUUUAUUUUCUUGCACAUUAGUGCAGUAAGUGCACAUUGGCUGGGUAUCUUACUCCUAUCAAUGCUUGCAAAGUCUGGCAAACGGUGCAAUUCCCAUAAUCCACACAAAUAGAACUUGGGCAAAAGGGAGGCUGUAUUUUUCCCGUUUAUUCUCUUGCACAUUAGUGCAGUAAGUGCACAUUAGCUGGGUAUCUUACUCCUAUCAAUGCUUGCAAAGUCUGGCAAACGGUGCAAUUCCCAUAAUCCACACAAAUAGAACUUGGGCAAAGGGGAGGCUGUAUUUUUCCCUUUUAUUUUCUUGCACAUUAGUGCAGUAAGUGCACAUUGGCUGGGUAUCUUACUCCCCCCCCCCCUCCUGGGCUGUUUUGGGCCACAGCACAUGCGCGUCCGCCAUUAACGAAUUACUUUUGAAACUAACGAAUUUUCGUUAAAUUUCGAAAAAUUUUGAGGGCAAAAUUUGGAAAUGACAUCAGAAACGAAAUGCUAGCGCCCCCUGCUUUUGAAGCGAGUUUAGAAUCAAUUUUUACGUGGAUCGCUCAAGCCUAUUGCUUUCCAUGCAAAUAACUUUAACAUACCAAAUUGUGCCCCCUUGAGGCUUCUGGAGAAAUGACUGGACAUUUUUGAUGACGAGGGACUUGGUGUAGGACAAAGAAACCCAAUGGACUUUGCAUUUCAGUUUUGGUUUUUAAAUUUGUAGUAUGGAAAAUAGGCAUCUCAUAUAGAAAAAUAACAUUUAUGUGUAGCAAACUUCGAUAGCAGAAGCUCAAUAUAACAGAAAUUACAGUUAGCAUGAUCUGUGCAGUCAAACAGUGGGCAUGAGCUGCUGUAUGCUAUGUGUAUGCAUGCAGUUGAAUGCAUACCUAUCUAAACUAAACUCAUUAAGUUUGAGUAAUGGGUCAAUUGGGAGAGAGCAUUCCCAUCUUAUUUAAAUGAAUAAGAAAAUAACUAAUCAAACAGUUUUAGCCCUUUCUUUAGUCUUUAUUACUAGUAUUGCAGUACUAUACAGUUCCUUUCAUUUUGUCAUCAAGGCAGGCUUUGUUACACAGAAUAGCAGAUUUAUGGUGCCAGUAUCUACCACCAUCUCAUCUUGUGCUCAUUGGGCUGAGCAAUGAAGUCCCUUGGGGUUUCUUUUACAUGAUUGUUCUCAAAUGCAGAAAUUAGUUUUUGGAGAGAUCAAUACUCCUUCUGCUUGCACACAUGGGUCAGGACAAUUUGGAUUAUCCUAAAAUUUUGAUGGUCUUUGAGAAAGUACAAUCCAAGAUAGAUUGGAAGCUUGAAACACAACAGUAACAAGCAGCUAACGAAACACAGUCAUUGCUUGCAGAACUCAAAAAGAAUCCUCAAGUUAGUCAAAUGGCUGUCCAGCUUUUGUCUCCUUGCACCAGCUUCCCAGAAGGGGAAGAGAGGAUCAGAUUUUAUCCUUUGCGUAUUCCUGAGCUGUAGCCAGGGCCCUUUGCAAGCCAUUGGUGUUUCCCAUGCCUUUGGCUACAACUUCAGAACCACCAGACUUGCCUCCCAUUUGAGUACAGACAGACAGGGCCCAGUCAGAGGCAGAAAAUGUGGGCAAGGAAUUCUGUGGAGAGACAGGGAAGAAGAAUUAUUAGUUAACCCACCAGGAAUAGACCAGUGGAAAAAACACAAGCAACUACCCUUUCAUUAAGAGCUAAGAGGGAGCCAUGAAGACAGUUCCAUCUUGUCUUUUUACAUCAGCUGAGGCCCCUCCCACCAUCUCCAACUGACGCUCGGGUGCCAGAGCUAAGAGGGAGCCAUGAAGACAGUUCCAUCUUGUCUUUUUACAUCAGCUGAGGCCCCUCCCACCAUCUCCAACUGACGCUCGGGUGCCAGAGCUAAGAGGGAGCCAUGAAGACAGUUCCAUCUUGUCUUUUUACAUCAGCUAGAGGCCCCUCCCACCAUCUCCAACUGACGCUCGGGUGCCAGAGCUAAGAGGGAGCCAUGAAGACAGUUCCAUCUUGUCUUUUUACAUCAGCUGAGGCCCCUCCCACCAUCUCCAACUGACGCUCGGGUGCCAGAGCUAAGAGGGAGCCAUGAAGACAGUUCCAUCUUGUCUUUUUACAUCAGCUGAGGCCCCUCCCACCAUCUCCAACUGACGCUCGGGUGCCAGAGCUAAGAGGGAGCCAUGAAGACAGUUCCAUCUUGUCUUUUUACAUCAGCUGAGGCCCCUCCCACCAUCUCCAACUGACGCUCGGGUGCCAGAGCUAAGAGGGAGCCAUGAAGACAGUUCCAUCUUGUCUUUUUACAUCAGCUAGAGGCCCCUCCCACCAUCUCCAACUGACGCUCGGGUGCCAGAGCUAAGAGGGAGCCAUGAAGACAGUUCCAUCUUGUCUUUUUACAUCAGCUGAGGCCCCUCCCACCAUCUCCAACUGACGCUCGGGUGCCAGAGCUAAGAGGGAGCCAUGAAGACAGUUCCAUCUUGUCUUUUUACAUCAGCUAGAGGCCCCUCCCACCAUCUCCAACUGACGCUCAGGUGCCAGAGCUAAGAGGGAGCCAUGAAGACAGUUCCAUCUUGUCUUUUUACAUCAGCUGAGGCCCCUCCCACCAUCUCCAACUGACGCUCGGGUGCCAGAGCUAAGAGGGAGCCAUGAAGACAGUUCCAUCUUGUCUUUUUACAUCAGCUAGAGGCCCCUCCCACCAUCUCCAACUGACGCUCGGGUGCCAGAGCUAAGAGGGAGCCAUGAAGACAGUUCCAUCUUGUCUUUUUACAUCAGCUGAGGCCCCUCCCACCAUCUCCAACUGACGCUCGGGUGCCAGAGCUAAGAGGGAGCCAUGAAGACAGUUCCAUCUUGUCUUUUUACAUCAGCUAGAGGCCCCUCCCACCAUCUCCAACUGACGCUCGGGUGCCAGAGCUAAGCGGGAGCCAUGAAGACAGUUCCAUCUUGUCUUUUUACAUCAGCUAGAGGCCCCUAUCCGCAAUAACAUGCUAUGCUAGUUUUAUAUCUGGAGCAAAAUGAAGAAGGCGGGGCCGGGAAGACAUCUUUCCACCAUGUCUCCUGUAUCAAUUUAAUGAUAUAAUGAUAUAUAAUAAUAUUAUACUAUACUAAUAUUAUAAUACAUUGUAUAUACAUGUAAUAUUAAUAAUAUUAUGAUGUAAUACAAUGUAAUAAUAAUUAUAAUUCACUAUUAUAAUUGUAUAUUUAUAUUACAUGCAAUAUUACUAAUAAUAUUGUGAUAUAGUUGUAUAAUAUAAUAUAUUGUGUGUAUAUAUACUUGUAAACCGCCCUGAGUCCCCUUCGGGGUGAGAAGGGCGGUAUAUAAAUGUCGCAAAUAAAUAAAUAAUAAAUAAAUAAAUUAAUACCCUGGUGUUUUGUUCCUUAGGAAUUGGCACUACCAAAGAUACAAAACCCAACACAAUAGUACAACCCAGAACAGAGAGGGAAUCAUCUGUGCAUCACCUGCCCAAUGAUGCUGAACACAACUCUCAAUAUUCCUCUUCAUAGGAGAUGCUAAAAAAUUCAGCACAGCAACACAGAAACACUUAGAAUAAUGAAAUGAGCACAAAUAGACAAUAUAUAUGUUGCACAGAUACAGAACCCUUAACAAAUACAAAAAUUUGCAUCUAGAUCCAUAAUUUCCCCUGAAACAAAUACAUCAAGUUUGCUUCUCAUUCUCAUGACUGAGCUGAUAUAUGAUUACAAGAACGUAUAAAAGUGGACCAAAGCAAAACAAGAGCUAAAACCAUGGGUCCUUAACUGUUCUGUGUUCUCUAUAGUAUUUUGUCCUUCUAUGGAUGUCUAAGACAAAGUUCCAUGCUCUUUUUUUUCAUAAUUUGUACCACUUGGGCAAAUUAAUAAGAUGCAAAGCACAAUUUACCUUGGAUACUUGGCAAGCACAAAACACCUGGCCAGAAGUUUGUGGACUCAAUAACAUCACUGAAGCUGCCGGUAUUUUUGCACAGAGUUGGUUGACAACUUUCAUCAGGAUCUAGAAAAUACAGGGCAGAAUAAAAUAAACUUAUUGUCUCUGUUGAACAACACACAAAAAAACUUCUGCAUCAUCGUAAUUUUGAUUUUUAAAAAUGUAACAACUGGAACGAAUUCUGAAGUGUUUAUGCUACUCAAUGGGUCACUGGAAAAAAAAGGAUGAUAGCAUAUUUAGGUAAAGGUUUUCCCCUGACAUCAAGUCUAGUCAUGUCUGACUCUGGGGUUGGUGCUCAUCUCCAUUUCUAAACCAAAGGGCCAGUGUUGUCCGUAGACACCUCCAAGGUCAUGUGGUGGGCGUGACUACAUGGAGCGCUGUUACCUUCCCGCCAGAGUGGUACCUAUUGAUCUACUCACAUUUGCCUAUUUUCGAACUGCUAGGUUGACAGAAGCUGGGACUAACAGCAGGAGCUCACCCUGCUCCCCGAAUUCGAACCACCAAACUUUUGGUCAGCAAGUUCAGCAGCUCAGCGGUUUAACCCGCUCUGCCACCGGGGGCUCCGAUAGCAUAUUUAGAGGCAGUGAAAACAUUGUACCAAGUAGGGCAAGUUGCAGGAAAGAAAAGAGAAAUAUUAAUCAAUACAAAAUUUAGAUAUAACAAACCUGCAUGUGAAAUUACAUAAUUUGCAAUAUAAUUUGUUUUUAUGUACAACAAUAUAACAAAUAAAACCCUUGGAUGUAUAUUAA